AUGGAGUACUCGGGACUUGCUAUUUUCCCCAUCCCGGCGUCCAUUCGGCGUCGACUACCCCGCCUGUAUUCUUCCCGGGCCGUGUCCAAGGCCACCGAGUCAAGUGGGAAUCAACGACGUGGACUGACAUCUUCGUCCGAACCUCAUCUGCUAUGUCACAACCACUUCACUGCGUCAGUAGUACCCGAGCUGCAAAGGCCUUCCACAGCCAGCGAUGACCUGGACUCCUUCGAGUCUGGCUCCGUGGGAUCAGAUACCCCCCAAGAGGACCUGGGAUCCACGACGAAAUACGAGACUGCGUCUGGCCUGCGGUGGAAUCGAGUCGUACCCGCGUUCAAUCUUCUCCGCAAUGCGGGAUAUGAAGCCCAGCAGCCACAGCCUGAUGGUCGCCUAGCUAGGUCCCUCUAUGUUAACGCUCUGGUCUACCUUCUCGAUGCUUUGCCUCCCGAUCUGACUGCCGAGGAAACUUCUAUGCUUCAGCGCAAUAUUCCAGAGCCGGUCAAAUCACCGCCUGAGUAUGUGGAUGGCGCAAAUCAUAAAAUAAGGCCUCAGCCGAGGUCGUAUCUGCAUAAAAUUCUUGCCUCGACAAUUGUGCAUCUCUUCAUUCUAUUGCGUUUCAUUAUACCAUAUGCAAAGGUGCUAAUGCGCCAAUUGUAUGAGUAUGAGCGGACACAUCACAUUACUCAGCGCAUCGUGACUACUACACUGGAGGCAGCUGAUGGGUUAGGGAAAGGCAGUGUUAAUAUUGGAGCUGCUGUUUGCAAGUUCAAUGAAGGGCGGGUUGGCGUUGCCCUUACAAAUUUCGCAGCUUGGUGGAUGGAAGGUGUAGCUGGAGGGAUAUACGAGGGGGUUGGGGAGGGGAUGGUACAUUUGGGUCUCUUGGGGAAAGAAGUGAAUUUAGAUAGACUCAGUUUCCAACCAAUGAGUAUGUAG